CGACCUUUAGACCUUCAAGUGCUCAGUAACUUUCAUCAGUGGACGAACUACUGAAGCGUUGCUUGGCGAGUUAAACUAUUUCCCUCUAGUUUCUGUUCCAAGAUUGUUUGAAUUUGAGGCUUGUGUUGCUACAGAUUGUUGCCUAUUACUUCUCGUAGUAAAUGUAAGCCUAUUGUUUGUUUGCUGGGUCGUCAACUUACCUGUUUCCUUCCUCUUUCCCAGCCCUCCUCACUCACCUUACUGUGCAUGCUCUCCUACUACACAAAGUGACUUCUCACUAGACACAAACCGUUACACGACUUUCUAUUUUAACGUAAGGAAUUUUGUUACGAAAGCACUCCCGUAUGUGCAUUAGUCGGAUUAUGAUUUUCGAGUGGUCUUUCGUUUUUGCUAGCCUGAGACCACAAAUAAUUUAAUAAAUGGCUUCAUGCAUCCUGUCAUUUAUUUCAUAACUACCCGUGGUUAUUACUUUCAAACAAGCAAUAUAUGAAAGGAUUGUGUCGAUUUUGAGAAUAAGUUUAUUUUCUCCCACUAACUUAGACACACUGGCGUCGCCUGUUAGAAAGUUAGAUCAUUUUGCAUUAAUUUAAGUCAAAGUGAAGAUAUUAAUUUCGUAAAAUUCAUCCCAAGUAGAGAAAGGAGAAUUCUCACUAUUUCCCUUAGGUUCUAUGUUUGAUCAUUGUUUCCGAAGUAUUGCUGACAUUCAGUAGCAGCACCAUCUUAGAAAUCUAGAUGUACGGCAAUGUUUGUUCGGCACAGUGACGAUAAUUCGAUUACCGUCACUAUUUUCAAACACCAACUUCGGCAGCUUGGACAUGUACUACAAAUACCAUCCCAGAGAAUUUCUACGUCAUGUAUCAUAUGCUGGCUCUGGGGCUGGUUGGGAAAAGCGGAGAGAUGGUCAGUACAUAGCAUUGUGUCGUAGUAUGAACAAAAGCUGUACAGGACUGGCUUCUGUUGGCUCUCCACAACUCUCUGGUCGGGGUCCUGGAGUUGAUGCAUCACAGUGGCUUGAGAGUAACUUUGACUGAAAGAACUUGUUUUGGUUGUGUUUUUCUUAACUGAUUUGUUUCCGUUAUUUUCUACCAUCAACUAUUUUUAUUCAUCGUCUUUAUAUUUGCCUUGCUUUCUCUAUCUCUUCACAAUCUCAAUUUCCAUACUGUAUGACGCAUAAAUGCUUUGGUGCCCCUUUAUACCGAUUUUUAUAUGCUUAAAUAAAUCAGGGAUUUUUGCCUGUGGUUUGCAAAAUAUCCAUAGUCUAUGACUGAAACUUAUUAAUUGUAUUGCUCAUGAUCUAUAGUAUUUAUAAAGAUGCAUACACUUUAACUUCUCAUUUUGAGCAUAUUACACUAUACUUUUUUAUUUUCCAGUUUUGCUUUACAUUUCCAGGAAGCUUUAGUCAUAGAGAUUAUUCUGAAGCUCGCUUCGUUAUGAAUAAAUUCUCGGUAUUUUUCGCGAAACACUCACAAAAGUUAGCACUCUUAUGCGCGGCCACAGCAUGUUCACUAUCUUAUUAUGUCCAGCCAUAUUAUGAAGUUCUUUGUCGUUGGUCUGUCACACGAUUUGACGUAGAAUGGGAAGCAAAGCCAUCUGAACGAAUUUUACGAAUAACAAAGGAAAUUUGUUCUCACUUCAAUAUGACCGAUUAUCAGAAAUCGCAGUUAGAUAUAUUUCUUACGCCUGUAGAUGAGUCACUAGUCUUAGGUUCUUUACGAUCACCCGGUUAUGCAUUUAUUGGAUUACCUUACUUUUUUGGAUAUGAAAGUCCCUCUGAAAUACCCCUAGAUUCACUAGAUUUCUAUCGACCAUACUUUCCUUAUGGACCUUUUUCGAAAAUUGGCAAAGAUCGUCUAGAUCUUAUGACUUUACCUGAAUCAGCUUUGAAAUUCCUUAUAGCACGUGAAAUUGUUCGACUUCAAGGAAUUACAAUCACAGAUCAAAAAUUACCUUUAUCAGCUCGUAAUCAAUCAUUACUUACUAUAAAUUCAAUCAUUGGCAGUUUUUAUUUAUCAUACCAAACGAUAUUUAUUCUCAACAGAACUAACAGAUUGCCUCUACGUGUAUCGAUUGCUUCAAAAAUAUUAAUCUACACUUUUAUAUAUUUGUCUGGAUUAUUUUUUCAACAUCAAAUCAUAUUAGCUUGGCGUAGAUAUUGUUGUUUACGAGCUGAUCAAAUUGUUUGUAGUCUAGGUGAAUCAUUUAGACAAGGUGGUCUUCAAUAUUAUGAUUGGCGUUUACGAUGGAAUCAAUUUUGGUCGGAACGACAAAAAGAAUUCAAAGAAAUAAAACGCUUAAUUAAAGUAAACAAUCAUGAUGAAACAGUAAGAUAUGAUCCUGUUAUGAAACAUCAAUUGGAAAGUGAAAAAUCUACAGAGAGGAAUACUACUCAAACUGAUUAUUAUCUUCCUAAAUCUGAAGAUGUUCCACUGGACUUAUCAGUAGUAAAACAACAACUCUCAAAAGAUAAAAACCAAACUAAUGCAAAUUAUCUUCAAAGAAAUCGAUUCAAUGAUUCCGGCAAUGAAUUAUGGGCUGGAGAUGGUGAUGGUAUUAAUUUAGGAUGGACUGGAAUAUUAACUAUUGGAUUAAUGCCAAGAAUAAUAUCUUCAUUAUUUAGUUUGUUCUCUUCACCAGCAACUAGUUCUCAACGUUAUAAUCAAUUAACUGAAUUAAAAGUUAAAACAAUCACUUAACUUUAUUUUCUCUGCUUUCUUAUUGCAUAUUGAAUACAUGUAAAUAGGUUAUGAAUAAAGUAUAGUUUUAUUAUCGGUUA